ACAGGGAACCCCCUCACCUCAGAGGUUUCACAAAAUUAGGCCCAAAACACCUGCGGAAGGCACAGCAGUGAAAUUUUUUGGUUUCCCAGAAUCUCCUCUCACCUUCCUCAUUUCUGCUGCACCCACCAACCUACACAUCACAUUCACUGCAUUCUUCAAGGAGAGGGAGGCAGAGGUUGGACGAGAGCGAGCAAGAGACACAGAGGCACAGACAGAAAGAGGAAGUGCGUGUCGUUCAGAAGCAUCAUCCCAGGCGACGACGACACUUCUCUUUACUGUGCAAUCGACAGAAAGAUGCACUCUGAGGAGCGUUUGGUGGUUGACUUGGCUACCUCUGGCCACAGUACGUCCAGUCCUGCUGACGCCUGCUGAAGGACGAUGAGGGGUGGCUUUCCGAGCACUUCCACGAUGAGGCCUGGCCCCUGUCGGACCGUCCUGCAGGUUACCGUCCUAGCAGUGCUCCUUCUCGUCCUGGGCGCUGACAGUCAAGAUUUGAGCUGUCAAGAAGCACUGAAAGUACGACGGGGCACAGUUCGUAAUGUUUCACUUGGAAAAGAGCUUCAACUCUCCUGCCCAUUUGUCUUCUGCAAUGGUACACCACCAGAGAUCUCCUGGCUUAAACUGGAGGAAGACAUUCCCAUCUCCAUCUCUUCCACCAGUACCACUAAAACUCUAACAAAAGAGGGAAAUCCAGAAGGGAUAUCAUAUCUGAUUUUUCAGAGGAUACACAGAAACGACUCAGGCCUUUAUCAGUGUAAACUUGGAGCAGAUGUGAGUCAUUAUAUCAAUGUCUCUGUCAUUGAUAAUGUUGAGCCCACCACAGUUACAUGGAAGAAUGAAACAAACAGCACGCCAAGUCCUGACGCUGACUUCAUGGCUGAACUGUGGCCGUAUGUGUACCCUGCUGCUGGGAUUGUGGCGUUUGUCAUCAUUGUGAUAAUCGUAUCUGUUGUGGUAAUGCGCGGCUGUAGAGGGAAAUCCAAGAAAGAGAAAGAAAACGAAAACCAGUACAUGGCAAUUCCCAUGUUUGAGCACUCAACGCCCGCCAGCAUCCCGCCUCCCACUAGAGGAAGCCCCAUUUCCCAGCACGCUUUGCCCAGCAGAGGUGCUGAAAGGAUCUAUGAUAACGCACCAUGUCAGCGACCUGCCCAGACAAGCGCACCAUCCCUGGGAGCCAAUCAGCCGGCGGCCUCAGGACACACCGAGCACGUCUAUAGCAUGAGCAAACGGAAAAGAGAAAAAAAGAAGAAAGCUGAGGAAGAAGAGGAGAAUCCGGUCGUGUAUGCCGCUCUCAAUCACCAGCCAGCGGCUCACCCCCCGCCUCGGAGACCCAGAGAAGAGUAUUCAGAGUAUGCAGCUAUCCGUGUGCCUUAAAGCUGCAACGGGGAAGAUUUUAAAGAAAAAAUAGCCCACCUGGGAUCAACAGAAUUGACCCAUAUACAAUUUCAUCAGUUUGGAAGCCCACCUGGAAGUCCAAUUAAACAGAACUAAAUUCAAGGUUAACCAUUCAACAUGGCCCUCAGUUUUGAUAUUUUUCAGUCAAUAUAUUCCACAGGGACUUGACUACACACCAACUGGCAGAUGUUUCUCCACUCCAAGCUACCCAAUAUGAUGCAAAAUGCAAGGAAUCAGAUUUUUAAAAUGAGAAUUUCACAGAUUCCUGAAUUUUCAGACUGAACUGUCAGGUAUUCCUCGCUGUGUUUUGGAGCUGCCGAUGUGUGGAGACGCCUAGAGCAGCUUUCACUUCUGCAUGGUUGUUCUGGUGCUACUGGCGCUGUCUGAUCCUAACUCAUACAAUGACAACUCUUACAAUUUGAUUAAUUUUAACUGCACACAGCUAAUAUGGAUUCCUUUGGGAGUGUAUCUAUGUUUCCAGGAUCCUGUGUUCCCCUGUUCAGUAUUCUGUUAACACAUAUAAAUCCUAACCCUAAUUCUCCAAACACAGAGCUGGGAAAAAGGACCCUGGGAACAUGGAAUCCUGGGAGAGCACAUAUAUAGAACUGUGGAAUAUAGGACCCAGGGAGCAUAGGACCCUGGGAACAUGGGACCAUGAGAACAUAGGACCAUGAGAACAUAGGACCCUGGGAACAUAGGACCCUGGGAACAUAGGACCCAGGGAACAUAGGACCCAGGGAACAUAGGACCCAGGGAACAUAGGACCACAGGAACAUGGGACCAUGGAAACAUAGGACUUUGGGAACAAGGAGCCUGAGAACAUAGGACCCUAGGAACAUAUGACCGUGGGAACAUGGGACCCUUGGAGAACACACUGGGAACAGAGGACCCUGGCAACAGAGGACCACGGGAACAUGGAUGCAGUCAACAUAGGACCAUGGGGAAGUACAUGAGUAGAGCUGAGGAAUAUUGGAGCCUGGGACCACAGGACCUUAGGAACAUAGGACCCUGAGAGAAUACAUAAGUAGAACCGUCCAAUAUGGGACCCUGGGUCCAUAGAACCUCAUUCUCCCAUUAUGUGCCAUAAAAAUCCUGGGAACAUAGGGAUGACUCCAUCCCAGUUUCUGACACAGAUUUGAAUGUUUUAUUGGUUGUUGAUUGGUCAGUAACAACACGUACUCACUUUAAAACUGUGACUUUGUGCCAUUGCACGCACAUGACUUGAAUUUACUCCGUUGACUUAGAUUGUGCGAUGUUAGUUUAUCACCAUCAUCACCAUUUUCAGAACAGCAUAAUUUAUUGUAAUCUUUACAGUUUAUCAUUAGUUCCUCAUUAUUAGCCUGGCAGAUUAGAGUGAAGUUAGUCUCCCAAAGCCAGUCUUCAUUAUACUUUUCCUUUAAUUUAAUAAUCUUUGAGAAUUAAUGAUUGUUUUGCCAUAAG